CGAGGCUUCCUGCAUGGGGAGCUAUGAACGAGUGGGUGCCCAUCGCUAAAGAGUACGACCCACUGAAAGCCGGAAGCAUCGAUGGCACCGACGAAGAGCCUCACGACCGGGCGGUCUGGAGAGCCAUGUCGUCCCGCUACGUCCCCAACAAAGAUGUUUCCGGAGACCCCCACCUAACCCUCUUCGUUGCCCGGCUCAACCUACAAACCACGGAAGAGAAGUUAAGAGAGGUCUUCUCCCGGUACGGAGAGAUUCGUAAAAUCCGUCUGGUUCGGGACCUGGUUUCUGGUUUUUCCAAAGGCUACGCUUUCAUUGAGUAUAAAGAGGAACGGGCGCUCCUGAAAGCCCACCGCGAUGCCAACAAGCUGAUCAUUGACCAGCGGGAAAUCUUUGUCGACUUUGAGCUGGAAAGGAGUCUCAAAGGUUGGAUCCCUCGCCGGCUGGGAGGCGGGUUUGGCGGCAAAAAGGAGUCGGGUCAGCUGCGGUUCGGAGGCCGAGACAGACCCUUCAGGAAGCCCAUCAACUUGCCUGCCAUGAAAAAUGAUUUUUAUAGUAGUGAAGGAUCUGCGGGAAAGAGAGAGCGGCCUUGGUCCCGGGGAGGGCCGAGGGACUGGAAGACUGGAGAACGAGAUUACGAAAGGAGCCGAGAGUCCCGGCGAGCUGAACGGGAAAGAUCGUGGGGAUACGGCAAGAGCGAAAGAGACCUGGAACAUCGAGGGAGGGAAGACCGAGGCAGAGCCCCAGAGGGGAGGGAGCGAGAGAGGAAAGACCGGAAUCGCGAGGCCAAGGAGAGCAAGGGGUGAAGGCUGCCACUGAUGGGACCAUUUCCUUCAAAGGCUGCUCGAUUGAAGGAGAUCCUCAGAAGUGUAGAUCUGACUUCCGAGACAAGCCGGAUGGCUGUCUGGAUCAGCACAGACAUUGUGGGUGGGAGCAGCAUCUUCCCAGCUGGAGAAGAGUGAAAAUUGUACCAAGGGUUCCCAUCCCUUGACAGUUGUGUCCAUGUCUUAUUCCAGGAUCUGCUGGACGAUGGAUCCCAAAUUCCCAACAAUGACAUUAUCUCCUGAUAUAUUUGAAGUGCCAAAAAGGAGAGAGCUGGUUUAGGACUCCCACCCCCGUUCCACACCCUUUAAUUCUUGAAAAGAUCUGGGUUAAUGUAAGGCCUUAAUUCCGCCAGUAGACACCUCCGUCAAGGCAGAAGGGUAGCUAUCACCCUAAAAAAUGAGGUAGGGUUGAAUUGUAUAUAUGGAAUUUGAGGGACUUCAACCAAACGCUGUUUACGAGUCAGUGAAAUCACCCGGAGGCCUCUUGUUAAUUCAGAAAUAGUUUAUUUAGCAUAUUAAAAAGAGUUCUACAGUUCGAUAUUGUUCUCUCUACUAGUCCCAGCCAAUCCUUGUUUAUUGCCUUUAACUAUCUAACACCCUGAAUCUUGAAUAAAAAUUAAGAAUCUCUUUGCAUAUCCUGUGGUGGUAUGAUUGCUCUUACUCUAGACUUGGUCAUUUGAAGACUUGUGGUCUUCAACUCCCAUAAUUCCUGGCUGGGGAAUUCUGGGAGUUGAAGUCCACAGAUCUUAAAAGUUACCAAAGUUGGACAUCCCUUCCCAGGCAAUUGUGUUAAGAGAAUACAGAGGGUAGGGAUAAUCAGUAAAGGGUUAACUUGUGUGCAGAGCAUCUCAAAUUCAAAAGGGGCUGUUUGGAUCUGAUUAGAACUGUCCUGAGCAUUUCCUGCUGGCUGGGG